GAUCCGUUGUACGACACAAGGGCGCCACCUACACAGUCGUCGGGCCGAGGCGAGGAUACAGGCGAGCGCUUCCAAAGGUGAAAAUCUAGGCUGUUUUGGUGGCAGUAAAAAGAAGAAAGAAGGCUCUUCGUCUUCUAACUCAACCAGCCCUCUGGGCAAGAGUGAACCGGACUCGCAGGCGCUCGAAACGGGCAACUCUCAGUUGGGCUACAGCGUGCCGAAGGGGACUGAAAUGCUGUGGUCGCCUGAGGUGGUGCCGCUGUACAUGGCUCUGCUGCAGAGCUGCUCAAACCCGGAGACGCUGGAGGCGGCGGCGGGCGCGCUGCAGAACCUCGCCGCGUGCUACUGGCAGCCCUCCAUCGACAUCAGAGCCGCUGUCAGGAAGGAAAAAGGUCUACCAAUCCUUGUGGAACUCCUGCGCAUGGAAGUGGACCGCGUGGUGUGCGCGGUGGCUACAGCACUGCGAAACCUGGCCAUCGAUCAGCGCAAUAAGGAGCUUAUUGGCAAGUACGCCAUGCGGGAUCUCGUACAGAAGCUGCCGAGCGGGAACCAACAGCACGAUCAGGGCACAUCAGACGACACCAUAGCUGCUGUAUUAGCGACGUUAAACGAAGUGAUCAAAAAGAGUGGAGAGUUCUCGCGCUCUUUGCUGGAGGCGGGCGGCGUCGAGCGGCUCCUCAACCUCACCAAGCAGCGGCACUGACACACGCCCAGGGUGCUCAAGUUUGCAGGUCAAGUGCUGGUGACGAUGUGGUCGCACGCGGAGCUGCGCGAGGUGUACCGCAAGCACGGCUGGCGCGAGGCGGACUUCCUCACGCCCGCGCGCGCCC